UUCAGGAGAUGCUCCCGCCGCUGUUGCCGUCGCGGUGCACAACUCUGUUGCCCGCCAGCUCCGUCAGAGUAGCGACCUGCUGUCCAAGGACCGAGGGCGCACCCGAGCUGGGCCAUGCAGCCAGGAGCGGCACCGCGGGCGGUGCUGCUGGUCACCGUGCUUGCCGGGCCCUGGGGUGCCGCUGGUCGCCUGCUGAGCGCCUCAGCCUCGGACUUGGAGCUGAGAGGGCAGCGAGUCUGCCGAGGAGGAACACAGAGGCCUUGUUAUAAAGUCAUUUACUUCCACGAUGCUUCCCGAAGACUGAACUUUGAGGAAGCCAAAACAGCCUGCUUGAGGGACGGGGGCCAGCUCGUCAGCAUCGAGUCUGAAGCUGAGCAGAGACUGAUAGAAAAGUUUAUCGAAAGCCUCCUGGCAUCUGAUGGUGAUUUCUGGAUCGGGCUCAGGAGGCAUGAGGAGAAAGAGAGCAAUGGCACGGCCUGCCAGGACCUUUAUGCUUGGACCGAUGGCUGCACAUCCACGUUCAGGAACUGGUAUGUGGAUGAGCCUUCCUGCGGCAGUGAGGUCUGCGUGGUCAUGUACCAUCAGCCAUCAGCACCUGCUGGCAUCGGGGGCCCCUACAGGUUCCAAUGGAAUGAUGACCGAUGCAACAUGAAAAACAAUUUCAUUUGCAAAUAUUCUGAUGAGAAACCAAUAGCUCCUUCUACAAGGCCAGGAGGUACAGGUACAGAGCCAAGAACACCCAUGCUUCCCGGAGACACAUGGAAAGAAGAUGCCAAAGAAACAUUUGAAGAAAACAAAGGAACUACCUUGAAUCUUGCCUACAUCUUAAUACCCAGCAUCCCCCUUGCCCUUCUUCUUGUGGUCUCCACAGCUAUCUGUUGGGUUUGGAUCUAUAGAAGGAGGAGAUGGGAGCAGCCUGACCCCAGCACAAAGGAGCCACACACCAUCUGGCCCACUGCUCACCAAGGGAACAGCCCCGACCUCGAGGUUUACAAUGUUAUACGAAAACAAAGUGAAGCUGACUUAGCUGAGACUCGACCAGACCUGAAGAACAUUUCAUUCCGAGUGUGUUCAGGAGAAGCCACACCCGAUGACUUGUCUUAUGACUAUGACAACAUGGCUGUAAACCCAUCUGAAAGCGGAUUCGUGACUCUGGCAAGUGUGGAGAGUGGCUUUGUGACCAAUGAUAUUUACGAGUUCUCCCCAGAACGAAUGGGGAGGAGCAAGGAGUCUGGAUGGGUGGAAAAUGAAAUAUAUGGCUAUUAAGGCGCCUGGGGAAAGCUUGAAGAAUGGGAAAGGAAAGAGAGAUAAAAUUCUCCUAUAUGCUAUCAGGAACACAUGCAGAUCUAUGGCAUUGCUCACACAGGGUCCAGGGGUACACAUGUGGGUCCCACUAGUCCUUUUGGAUUCCUAAGUUUGGGCCGUAUUUCUCGCCCAACCUGACCUAUAAGAAAGCACUUUGUCAAGAGCCUGGCACAGAGUAGAAAACAAACGUCAGCUGACUGGUUCGAUCUGGCUUCCCAGGGCCUGUGCGAUUGUGAGCAGGAAAAAGGUGGUAGCCCUGUGGCUUGCAAGGCCUAUGACCGUGGCCUGUAUUUUGCUGUCCAGGGCAGAGGACAAGAUCACAAAGAGACAGAAAUUACGGAAUCAUGGGCAGGGCUGCACAUCAGCAACUCUUAUCUGUUGUUUCUUUUUUUGCAAAGAAAUCAAAUCAAAAGCAGGAAGCAGAACUCUGGUCAGUCUGUGUCUGCAGCCCUUCCUCUGCAGUGGCCUCAGGGGACCCUUUUUUCUUUCUCCUGACAGCCAUACUUAGAAAUCUCCAACUCAGAAAUACUUUAGAAACAAAAAAUGAAUUUGAGUCUCAAUUCUAACCAGUUGACCGGCCCACGCUGGCUUUCCUGAGCCGGUGCUGUCGUGAGCAGAAGUAAGGUAGUAGCAAGGUGGAGGCUCACGUUCCCAGCCUUGAUACUGCAAGUUCUUACAUUGGUUUAUGCCAUGUACAGCACGCUACAUCAUUUUUAUUAAUAACAUUUUAUUAAUAACCUUUUGUUUUAGGGAGCCAACUCAUUCAAAUGCUUUGGACUCAAAUCCAAAGAAAAGUUUCUGGGCCUGACAUCAGUCAUUCAUACAAUGAAGGUCUAUGUCAUUAUUUAAAUCACCAUCAGCCUCCCUUUAUCAGCUUAGUAAUCUAAUUUACCCACAUCUCAUCUAUCUUACUUUUGAAUAGCUUGCCACUUUGCUUCCAUAUGGAGUCCUAAACUAGACAGUUAACUACGCUGGGUAAGAAUAGUCUAGAAUGUGGUGGGCUGUAACCAUGGGCCAAUUACCUGUGCGACUAUGGCAAAGAAUGGUGUGUAGGAAACAAAACAUCAUUUAUACCUGCUGUGGAGAGGCAGGUUUUGUGGGGUACAUUUCCAGCAUAAACAGUGAUCAUGUGUUCUGAAGCAAUAAUCACUCUAAACUGCCCGAGGUCCUAUUUUGUUUCAGACCUGCUGGCUCUAGGAUCUUUCAUCAUAGCAUCAGGCCACCUGUAUGGCCUCCUUAUCCUGUGCCCCUCUGCUUUGGCCUCUGUCCCACAACAAGUUCUUUGAGGGCAGGAAUCCUACACCCCCACCUCCUACACCCAACAGAGCAUAAGCUUAUUUGUUGGUCAGAUGAACAAUUCAUCUUUUAGCUUGAUGGAAAACAGCCUGAGUAUGUCGAUUUGAAAAUCUGGUUAGAUUUAUUUAUCAAACACAUAGGAGGUAACUGAAUUAUUUUUGCUGAAAAGCACUCCCACUGCCUAGGAAAAAGGAAGAAGCAUGGUAACAGAUAAACAGAAGUUGGUGAGUUGUCUUAACAACUUAAUCAAGUCACUAAAAGUUGAAUCGAGGACCCCUUUUUCAGCCUGCAAUCAGAGUCAGCCACGAACAUCUUUUUUGUGGCUGAUGUGUUAUCUCCAUGGAGCUCACAGAGUGCUUUGUCUGUUUACACACAAUCUUCCCCUGGAUUUAAAGUAUUCUAUUUCCUUUUCCUCCUCAGAGUUACUAGCCUGAAUUUAUCCAACUCCAUUUCUGUCUCUGACAACAUUUCAUUAAUUUAUAAACAUUGGCUAAAUGUUCAGUGUUUAUGUUCAAAUUGAACAUUGAUAGUUUAUUCAUUCAGGGGUUAUUUGAAGAUUGAGCGAAACUGUUUCAUCCCUUAGAAGCACAGUCCCCAGCCUCUUUUCCCUUUGUGACAUAUACAACAGAGGAAAUGAAUGUACCAUGUAAUUCCUUAGGACUCUCUACUUAAAAGAAUUUCUUGAAUACCUAUUAUGUACCACACACCAUGCUAAGAUGGAACACAGUCAGUUCUCGCUAAGGCGGAAAGAAGUUGGGCACAGGCUAUGUAUAUUUCUCAACAUGGCUGCUGUAAUGACCUUGUUUUAUCAUGUUGCUCAUUCGAUCACUCAUCCAAGAAAAGUUUAAACACACCUUCUUGGUGUCGGGAACCGUGUAUGCAAGUUGCUAGACAGUGGUAAGAUUCUCUAUCUCAUGGAGCUUAUAUCCUAAUGGGGAAAAGAAGACACAUCAGAAUACAAGAGAAGUCACUGUAAUUUGAGGGUUGCUUUUUUUUUUAAUUGUGUGCAGCUCUUUCUGUUGUCUUUUACUGCCCUUCUUUUCUGUUCCCGAAAAUAUGGAUCCUGGAGAUUUAGAUAAAUGAGAGGAAGGUAGGUAUCUGUGCCCGGGGAUGUGAGGGGGCGUGGUAGCUAGGAAUGGGGAAUCAGGAGCAUGUUAUACCCACAUUACUUCUAAGUCAUGUACCUCAUGGUGGAGAGCAGACUUUAGAGAACGGUGCUCGGAAAUUGCAUGCCCAGAGAUGGAAAAGCAACAAAAACAUUGUCAAACAGUGGCCAAUGGUUAGCAACUGCUAAUAGUAACGUAUUUUUGAAUCCUGAGUUUGAACAGCAGAAACCGUGUCUAGAAUGAGUCAUCAAAGCAAGGGCAUUAGGAGAAACCAGUUUUUCAAAAUAGAAUAAAACAGUUGUAGGUUUCAGAAAAUUAGAGCUGUUAAAUAUAUACUAUCAUAGAAUGUGUAUGCAAGAGUUUUCUAUGGUGGGUUAUAUGUUUUAAUCAGAAAAAACUAGAUCUUGUCAGUAGUUCAGAGUUUGGACUGUUCUGCCCUUGUUUUUUACUCAUGUGCUUUGUGUUUGGCUCAAAGCACAUCAAGCAGAAUUCAUAAUAGCUGCACUGUUCUGGCACAAGUAGGAGGCAAACCCGUGAGCGCUGAACGUAAAGCAACUUUUGCUAACUUUAAUUGUCUUCACCACUAGAUGGCAAUGUUAGGUUAGCAAAAUUUUUUUUCUUAAUUGCUCAUUAGUUUCUAACAAGUAAUUUCUGCCACUAUAAGGCUAGGGAAAGUAAAAAUAAUAGGAGAAAUAAGAUGGUACAGUGAAGCUGUUAAAAAUCCUGUGUUCUGGAAGUAAGAGUGUCUAUGUUCUAAAUCGUGUGUCUGCUACUCAGUGGUUGAGCAAUCUUGAACAAGCUAUCAGACUAUUUAGACCCCAAUUUCUUCAUCUUUAAAAUGAGGAUAACAUUAAGUACUUAACAAAAUACAUGAAAAACACUGGCACAUGUUGAAUCAUGUCGUCCAAAAUUCAUAGUUAGGCUAAAGUCCUACCCAGUACCGCAAAAUGUGACCACUUUUCAUGCUAGGUCAUUGCAGACCUAAUUAGUAACUUGAAUAGUAUUCAGUAGGUCCUAAUCCAAGGACUGAUAUCCCUACAAAAGAAGGAGACCAGGACAAAUGAUAGGCACAUAGGGAUGAUAUCCUGCGAUGAGGAUGGCAGAAACUGGGGGGGUUGGGGGGGUUGGAGAUGCAAGGAAUGCCAGAGAUUGCUGGUACAUUACCAGAAACUAGGCAACAGGCCUGAAAUGGAAUCUUGCUGGCAGUGCUCAGAGGGAACCCUGCCAACACCUUGAUCUUGGACUUCCAGCCCUGAGAUCUGUGAGACAAUACAUUUCUGGUGUUUAAGCAACCCCGGCUGUGGUAUUUUAUUAUUACUGUUGGAGGAAACACAGCAUGUGAUAAGUACAAAUUAAUAUUAGCUGUUAUUACCCCUGUACACUUUAAUCUAAUUGUACUGAGGCAGCAAUAAUUUGUAGCAUUUCGACUGUCAAUUAAAGAACAUUUUCCAGCUAUGUGGCCUUAUAUACCCUCUCCCACCCCCACCACCACAAAUGUGACACUCUGCAGAGCAACACAGGGCAAAACUCUCAGCAGCUGGGGGGAUUUACAUGAACAGGGGACCUGCUAACAAUGAGAACAGGAGGUUUUUCCAUGCCUGAAGAGGCUCCCACAGAGGCUACUUGACCCCUGGUAGGGGGAGUAUUUAGAGCCUCCAGAUGCUGUUUGGUGCCCUUAGACCACAUGCUGUCAAGGUGUUAGUUCUUAUUACCAGAGGGACCUCCUACUGAUUGAAAGGUUGGAUUUAAUAACCUGUAAACUCGCUCUUUAGCUCAGUGUGAAUUUCAGUCAUGUUUCUUUGACUCUGAAGAAACCAGUAAAAUAAAGGGGACAAAGAGCUUG